AGGCGCACGCGGGGCUGGACUUCUCAAACGCCGGCGGGGAUUGAAACGCAGCUUCACCUCUGAGCCUCAGACUUCAGUAUCAGUCCCUUAGCUCGCAGGUCCACCGGGUGGUUUUCACCGUGAUUCGGUGCACGACUGGACAAAAUGUCCAACAUCAACUGGAAGCCCUUUGUGUACGGCGGGCUCGCUUCCGUGACGGCGGAAUGCGGGACUUUCCCAAUCGACCUAGCAAAGACUCGACUUCAAGUUCAAGGCCAAGUAGGCGACAGCAAGUACCGAGAGAUCCGGUACCGAGGCAUGCUCCAUGCUAUAGUGAGGAUAGGAAGAGAGGAGGGGCUCCGGGCACUGUAUUCUGGAAUAGCUCCUGCUAUGCUGCGCCAGGCCUCCUAUGGGACCAUAAAAAUUGGCACAUACCAGAGCUUUAAGCGACUGCUGGUUGACAGGCCGGAGGAUGAGACAUUGCUGACUAAUGUGAUGUGUGGCAUUCUCUCUGGAGUCAUCUCAUCCUCCAUCGCCAACCCCACUGAUGUGCUGAAGAUCCGCAUGCAGGCUCAGGGAAAUGUGAUCCAGGGCAGUAUGAUGGGCAACUUCAUCAACAUCUACCAGGAGGAGGGAACAAGAGGACUGUGGAAGGGCGUCUCCCUAACAGCCCAACGGGCAGCCAUUGUGGUUGGGGUUGAAUUACCGGUGUAUGACAUCACCAAAAAGCAUCUUAUCUUGUCGGGUCACAUGGGGGACACUGUGUACACACACUUUGUGUCCAGCUUUGCGUGUGGUCUGGCUGGGGCUUUGGCGUCAAACCCAGUGGACGUAGUCCGGACACGCAUGAUGAACCAGAAAGGAGGAGCCCUGUACCAGGGAACACUGGACUGUAUACUGCAGACGUGGCGCUCCGAGGGCUUCAUGGCCCUCUACAAGGGUUUCUUUCCCAACUGGCUCCGCCUGGGACCCUGGAACAUCAUCUUCUUCCUCACAUAUGAACAGCUGAAGAAGAUCAAUGUGUGACAGACAGAAGGAGACGGGGAAGAAGAGACGAGUAUGUGCUCACGCUCCAAGACGAGCUGAGAGGACCAAAAAAAUCAGGAAUGGCUGGAUGAUGACGGAUCCUUGAUGGAACCACUGAACUGGGGAAGGUGGUUUAUGUAGACCCAUGUAAGAAGGGCGGCAUGAGAUUUGCCAGAUUCCUGUUUGGGCUACAUGUCUCGUAAAGCCUGUGGCAAGUGUGGAAGACACUCAUAUCUGAUGUUUAUGCUCAUCCACAUGCUGUGUUCAGCUUAUGCCUACCAUACACUGAGAGACUUUGAAAAUACUUCUAAGAGCCUGACACCCUCGCGCAUGUAAAGACAAUGUGAAUUUUUCAGUCACAGGCUGCAAAGAGUAGGGAUCGCUCUUUGCAGACUACAGCUAGAUUCCUUUAGAGAUCCUACUCCUGGUGAAAAUAUUACACCAAAUUAAGAAAUAUGACAUAUUAACAAUUCCUUACUCGGCAUCAAUAUAAUCCAUAAAGAUAAACUGUUUUUGCGUACAAGCUUCACAUUUUGGAUUUUGACACCUCAACUCUCUACUCGCCAUUGGUUAGCUCAGAGGUGGUAUGGAUGUUUUACUGGGAGAGAGACCAUGAGAAUGAGAGGCGAACCAUUUCAAAAAUUAAGAUUUCUCACAAAUAUAAGAGCUGGAUGGUGAUCAGAUACACAACAAAUUAAACACACUCCUGUUCACUCCACAACCCCAGAAGUUUCUCCCCCUUUCAAAAGUCCAAGAGAACCAGGUCUUAGUUACGGUCUUGCACCUCUCUGGAGUCCCCUCCUUGUUUACUGUCUAACCGGUUUGCUGCUUCCUGUUUGGAUCUGGAGACAGCGCAGCUAUUGGUCGUUGACAAUGUUCAUGCCAUUGAACUUCACUGUUUGCAUGAGCCAAGACAAAAAAUUUAAGAUAAUAUAACAUGUUUGAUUUUGCCGGAACAUCAAGACGAGAUAAAGUCUUACUUAAGACAGCUUGUAGGGAAUUUUAUGACCACCUUACACCAUAUGAUUUAGAUCAUGGGAGUGCACACCAACUGAGAUAAAACUCACAAUUUUAUUUUGACAUUGGACAAUGAAAUCACUUAAAAAGUUGUGUAAGGCCGGUAUUAACCACUCAUUUAAAGGCCCAGUGUGGAUUUAGGGGGAUAUAUUGACAGAAAAUGGGAUAUAAUAUUAUAACUAUGUUUUCUUAGUGUAUAAUCACCUUUAAAAUAAGUUUUAUUUUGUUUUUGUUUCCCUAGAAUGAGCCGUUUAUAUUUACAUAGGGAGGGCGUCCUCUAUGGAGAUGGCCACAUUAAGCCCCCGUGUUUCUACAGUAGCCCAGAAUGGACAAAUGUCUGGAAAAAAAAAACAAAGUCUGAAAACCGCUAGUUUGUAACAUGAGACUGCUUUAUUCAGUGUUUAAACCGUUUAAAUCACCUCGUCCAUUUGUUUUAGAGACAAAGAGACCUCUGCAUAUAAUUCGGGUCACAGUAAAAACCUACUGAACAAUGAACACUUCAGGAAUUCUAACCGGUGGAAGUUUCAGCUGGUUGCAAUCCCAAAUCCUCACCACUAGAUGCCACUAAAUCCCCCUAAUUCUUAUACACUGCUCCUUUAAAUUUAAGGUCACUUAAUUUAUUGUGUGGUACUUUGGAAAGAAAAACAGUCCAAGACUCUUGAAUAUGUAGAUUCUUUUUUUAGGCAAAACUGCUUUAAAAUGGCUCUAAUGUGGUCUUCAAACUGAGUGCCUUAGUUUGUGACGCAGGCUUGUCUGCGCCGAAUCGCUUAAGGACCGAGAAUGUCAGAGAGCAGCUGACAAUCGCAGUGAUCAUUCCCUUUUGAAAAGAAAAAUGUUUGUGUGCAUGAACACUUGGACUAAGAUGUGGUGUUUUUUUUCUACAUUUCUAAAUUGAGCGUUGGGUGUGUGGAAAGGUGAAAUUAUUUAUUAUUCUAAGUGUCUCCCUGGAGUAUUAUUUACAGAGUUCAGAGCCAAGAAUACAUCACAGUGUACUGUAAUAAAUAAGAGUCAUAUAAAGAGCCCAGAGAGCAGUGUGGGCUCCUCAGACAGGACACACAUCACAUGCCCAUAUGUGGCGAGACUAGUGGUCCCUCAUGCCAGCUAGUGCAGACGGUAAAUAUAACCUGAGGCAGCUGGGGGUUGACUCCCUGGGUUCUUGUUACCAAAUAGUUGCUGUUAAAACAUAUACACACGUUAUGUAAGUCUACAUACGAUUCCCCACAACGCCUUUAGGAAUAGACUGCAGAGACAGAUACCCAAAGUGCAUCUUCUGACAAUGUUUAUUGCUUGAAGUCACUUAAACCACUAUACAUGCUCUACAGUUAACUCCAGGUAUAUUUUCAUAUUUGUACGCUGUAACUGUGAGCUUCUGUUGUAAAGAAUGUUGCUGGCUGUCGUGUGUGUGUGUGAGCUGCCAUCGCUGCCAAAGUAUAACUUUUGAUGUUGUAAAGGCUGCUUGUAUGUUUGAAAUAAAACAGAAAAACCCCA